AUGGUUGACCUAGCAGGUCAGCGUCUGAAGAAGUUUACUUUUGCAGCUAACAAACAUCAUCAGACUGCUAUAGUUGCACCAUAUAAGCAUCAUCAGGCUGUUACAGUUCCAGCAUACAAACAUUUUCAGACUGCUAAAGUUGCAGCAUACAAUCAUCUUCAUACUGCUACAGUUGUACCAUACAAGCAUCUUCAGACUGCUACAGUUGUACCAUACAAGCAUCUUCAGACUGCUACAGUUGCACCGCACAAGCAUCAUCAGACUACUACAGUUGUACCAUACAAGCAUCUUCAGACUGCUACAGUUCCGGUAUACAAGCAUCUUCAUAGUGCUACAGUUGCACCACACAAGCAUCAUCAGACUGUUACAGUUACAGCUAACAAGGAUCUUCAAACUGUUACAGUUGUACCAUACAAGCAUCAUCAGACUGCUACAGUUGUACCAUACAAGCAUCUUCAGACUGCUACAGUUGCAGUGGACAAGUAUCUUCAAACUGUUACAGUUGUAUCAUACAAGCAUCAUCAGACUGUUACAGUUGCAGUGGACAAGAUUCACUAG